AUGACAGAACUCAAGCGAAUGAAGUUCUCGGAGCCGCCAUCUUUCAAGAAGAAUGGCCAUGAAGUGCAGUACAAACAUAACGAGCGAGUAAAACUUUGUAUCACCGAGGCAGAGGACGCAAUCAAAGACAAGAAGCUAGACAUGUGUCUCGAAAAGCUGAGUGAAGGUAAGGAGCAAAUCGAGUCGAGACAAAAGCCAAUUCUUCUUGCAGACAAAUCCGAGUAUGGGUGGAAAACCGUAUCAGAAUAUCUCGAUAACGAGCUUGCCGACGAUGAGGAGGACGCCAAAAAAGAUCAAGAAAGCCGAAAAAAGAGGCCCAAAAAAGCUUAA